AUGGAUCUCCGUGGUAUGCUUAAUAACGAUGCUGCACCGGGUCGUCCUCCAAGCCAGCAAGAAGGCAGCCAACGGGGCAGCUUUCCUCCUCCGCUGCCUCAGCAGAGAUCCUCGUCGGGCACGUAUCCUGCACCGCUACUGCCGCAACAACAACAACAACAACAACAACAGCAGCAACCACCUCCGCCGCAGGGCUACUAUCAGCAGAGACAUGCACCUUCCCACCAGCACGAUGCGCGCUCUUCGAAUCCAUCGCUGCCCUCGACUCCAAUGGGACUGCACACGCCGCAACAACAACAAUAUCCCAGCAGCCAGUAUCCUUUCCCUCCCCAGCCACAACACCAUCAACAACAACAACAACAGCAGCAGCAGCAGCAGUACAGUCCAUCGCAGACCUACCCUCAGCUCACUCCCCGCCAGCAAAGUCACCCACACUACCCGCACUCCAUGUCGCCCACUCCCCCAGGCGUCCAUCGCAGUUCACACCCCUAUCCGCCCCAGCAUUCGCAGCCCAGUACUCCUCUUGGUCCGCCUAUGCAGCCAUACGCCCGCCAACCUUCACUCGCCCAAGCUCAUCAUCAACGCGCGACAUCCGGUGCUUCCUAUGCCCUGCAGCACCAGGUCAACAUGUCCUCGCAGUCACCUGCCCAUUCUCUCCCGCCGCAAUCUGCAUAUCCCUCCGAGUCGCCGCAGGCCUAUGCAAAAAGACCAUCCAUCGACUAUCCCACAAAUGUCUCGGAGCGCGACAGAAGCCUCAGUGUCAGUCCCAAGACAAAGGUCGUGCUCCCGACGCGCCAAAACAGCACUGAUUCGUCAUGGACCGCGAGAGAGAGGUAUCCAUCACACGAACCCCGUGCUCCCCACCGCAGUUCGAUCGACCAAGCCAUCUCACCUCUCACUACAACCAAACAGUCUGCCAAGAUCAGUCCGAACCAGCCUCGCAUCGGCAGCCAGACGCCUGGAGGUUUCCGAAAUCUCCUGAACGACGACCCCACAAAUCACUCUCCCCUCGUGGUUUCUUCACCUGCCGCUGCUAGAGGCCAGUCGAUACCUCCUCAUCACCCGCAACAUCCUCAGUUGCAUCACUCGCGAUCCUCACUUUCCAACGACAGUCCUGUCCAAACCUUCGAACCGCGAGGUCCCAUCAAGCACGAGUCACAAACAUCUCUCACUUCCGAGUCGCUACUGCAACAGCCCAUUGCUCCGCCCCAAGCCAUGUCGCAAUCUUCUCUUCCUUCCUCGCAGCCUCAGAGCGCAUCGCAACCUACUCUCAAACGACCCGCUGAAAGCGAACCUGAGUUGUCUGCUCCUCUCAAGAAGACCAAGAAGAGAUAUGCGCAGCCGCCAAUUUGGGCUAGAUAUGUGCCGUCCAACCCCAAUUACGACCCAAAAGUCGAUCACUUGCUUGGACCGCCGCCAGAUCCCACUCAAGCAAGACGCCCAUCUCCUCGUCCAAAUUUGCAGGUAGUCACACCACAACAACAGGCGCAAACCACACCUCAACCUCAGCAACAACUUCCAGACAUGGUUCAGUCUAAUGGUCAUCCUCCACAUCCCAUGAUGAAUGGAAACGGCCCGCCCAGUGCGCAAAUACAUCCCUUCCUUGGGCCUUGGGAGCCUUGUAUCAAAGGCAGUAUGGUACAAUCUGACCGGUUCUCGUUACAAGUGGGAAAGUACUUGUUUGAAGAGAUUCUUAGGAGACCUGAUGUCGGUGUUGACGAUGCGCGCAAUGGUGCACUAGAGAUCGAGGCGAAGCUGGGUACCUUGAUUGACAGAAACACUGACCAGCGAGUGCACUUUCCAGUGCAAAAUCCGGUCGUGCUUGAUCGUCAGAUGUCUUCACGACUGCGAUUCGAAAGUCAUAUGACUGAAAUGCAACACAAGCGUCUGAACGAAUUCCUGAAUCAAGCGGUGCAAGAGUCUAAGGUUUUACCGCACAGGCACGAGAUGCAGUAUAAACACCGCUACGAGAUCGAUUCGUUUGCACAGCUCAGUGCGGCUGGAUUUGAUGCGCUGCCCCCGUCGGCCUUGAACUACCUCGACCAAGCCAGGCAACCACGACUCCGUACUUCGGUUAAUGAACGAGCUCAAGCCGGUACUGAUCCUGUGAUUGCGCGCAUAGUCAAGAUUCGACUUGCCGAUCUCGACAUAUUCUGCCCUGGGUCGCCGUUCGAUUGCCGUAUCAGUAUCAACAUUGAAGUGAACAUGCACAGAUCUGACAUCGAUCCUACAGCGAUUGUGGAAGGAGGAGAUAGCAAGAUUGGAGAGCGCAAGAAAGACAGACUCAGCUAUACGCAAUCUGUGUACAGCGUGGAUCUGACCCAAGUCAAGAGUGCAGAUGGACGCAAGAUUCAUGAGCUUGAAAUCGAGGUGGACGCCAAGAAGCUCCGUCAGCAGGCAGAGCUGGAAGCGUCAGGACAACCAAGUGGGUUUGGAGAUAUGGUUCAAGGAUUGGUAAACAACAUAUUCACGCUGAUGAGCGUGCAAUGA